CUAGUGAUUCAUAAGUAAGGAUAAGGGGAAGGUGAGAAUAGUUAGUAACAGGGAAAGAUGCAAGGAGAAACAAUAGUGUUGUACCCAGCCCCAGGAAUAGGGCACAUCAUUUCCAUGGUGGAGCUAGCAAAGCUCAUCCACAAACACCAUUUCUCCACCACCAUCCUCCUCACCACCGGCUUCAGGGACCACCCCUCCAUUGACGCCUACAUCCGCCGCAUCUCCGCCGCAUAUCCCACCAUCUCCUUCCUCCGCCUCCCCCACGUCGCCGCACCAACCGCCGCCAUCAGCGGCGCCGCCAAGUGCUUCAGCUUCAUCAAAAGAAACGCCCCCAACGUAGCCACCACGCUCACCCAAAUCUCGGAAUCCGCCACCAUCAAAGCCUUCGUAAUCGAUCUCUUCUGCACUUCCGCAAUGGAACCAGCUUCUUCCCUGCAGAUCCCCGUCUACUACUUCUUCACCUCCGGCGCCGCCGUUCUCGCGCUCUUCUUUUGCUUUCCAAGAAUCCACGACGACACGAGCGCGUCGUUUAAGGAUAUGGUCGGGGUGGAACUGCGCGUGCCGGGUAACGCGCCGCUGAAGGCGGUGAACAUGCCGGAACCCAUGUUGGAUAGAAACGACCCUGCGUAUUGGGACAUGCUGGAGUUCUGCACGCACCUUCCGAAGGCGCGUGGGAUAAUAGUUAACUCGUUUACGGAACUUGAGCCUGUGGCUGUGAAGGCCCUAGCCGAAGGCGCGUGCUUCCCACAUCCAACACGUGCUCCUUCUGUUUACUGUAUUGGACCCCUCAUCGCGGAACCUCAACAUUCAGAUGUAAGAACGGAUAGUAAACAAUGUUUGUCAUGGCUGGAUGAACAACCACAUAGAAGUGUGGUGUACUUGUGUUUCGGAAGCCGCGGAUCGUUCUCAGUGUCCCAGUUGAGAGAAAUAGCGAAGGGGUUAGAGAAGAGUGGUCACAGAUUCUUAUGGGUUGUGAAAAGGCCAACACAAGACUCGGGAACAAAGCAGGUACAUGACACAACAUCGGAAUUCGACUUGGCUUCGGUGUUGCCAAGUGGGUUCAUCGAGAGAACCAAGGGUCGAGGCCUAGUGUUGAGGUCGUGGGCCCCACAAGUGGAGGUGUUGAGUCAUGACUCGGUGGGUGGGUUCGUGACUCACUGUGGGUGGAACUCGGUGUUGGAAGGAGUGAUUGCGGGAGUGCCAAUGAUUGCAUGGCCACUGUACGCGGAACAGCACGUGAAUAGGCACGUGAUGCUGGAACAGACAAAGGUGGCUAUUGCAAUGGAACAAAAUGAAGAUGGGUUUGUGAGUGGGGAAGAAGUGGAGAAAAGGGUGAGGGAGUUAAUGGAGUCACAAGAGAUUAGGGAAACAAGUUUGAAGUUGAAACACUUGGCUUUGGCUGCCGUUGGAGAAUUUGGAUCAUCCACAAAAGCACUUGCCAACUUGGUUCAACCAUGGAGUGGAUUUAGUGCUUAACAUGAUUGUUAACUGUGAUUGUUAAUUAAUAAUGUUGUACAACAGGUCAUUGUUUUCACAUGAAUGUUAGUUUUUGAGUAUGUUUGGAGCUACCAUAGAGGCGAUAAUACUCUAUAUAACAUUUGAAUCAUUUGAUAAUA